GAUGUACCACAGGCAGUAAAGUUGUGGGCGUCCGUGGUUGAAGCCGCUUGUGCGCUGGUUACAAUCCCCUGUAUGACAGAUAGUAAUGGAUUAACGGCGUAAAUGUCGUGUUAACAGCGCCAAAUGAAGACCGUCUCAUCGACGGCCACGCUGUGGUCAAAGAUCUCUGCUGCUCUGCCUCGUGAUGAGGAAGAGUUUCCGCUGCAGUUCGGCGACAAAGUGGAGUCUAGUGUGGUGGAGAUGCUGAAGCGGUGUCGGCGGCAGCUUUACAGCGACGCCACCGCCGCCAGCCGCAUGCUCAACGCUCAGAUCGUCGUGGAUGUUUCGUGGGAGAAGCUCAACACGGGAACGUGGCGCCACGUGGACAAAGAAUGGAGACGCGUUUAUUCCUGCGGCUGCCUGUUCAAAGUGGCCGCUCUGUGCCGCGACGACCCGUCGGCAGACGAGGUCGUGCAGGCCGUGAGGACUUGUGACAUGGGUUUACUGAUGGGUGCGGACAUCAUGGAUGACAUACUUCAGGUCAUUGUCCGGAUCCUGCAAGGCGAAGUCAGGAAACCCACGGAAUUAGAAGAAGAAAGUGAACACACCGAAGUCAAGAGAAUGAAGACGGAGAUCCCACGCGCUCCUGUGAUCAAAGAGGAGUUGGCGAUUCCCAGGAUAAAGUGUCCUUCACUGGAGAGCUUCAGCACCAACUACCUGCUCCCACUCAAACCAGUGGUUUUAGAGGGGACCAUUGGGCACUGGCCCGCCCUCAACGAACACCCCUGGAGCAUAGGAUACCUGAGGUCUGUGGCCGGCUGUCGGACGGUUCCCGUGGAGGUGGGGUCCAGGUACACGGACGAGGGAUGGUCACAGACGCUGCUCACGGUCAACGAGUUCAUCGAUCGACACAUCUGGAAUAAAGAGGGAGUGAAGGGUUUGGGUUAUCUCGCUCAACACCAGCUGUUCGAUCAGAUACCAGAGCUGAAGGAAGACAUCCGCCCUCCGGAUUAUUGCUGCCUCGGCGAAGGAGACGAGGACGACAUCACUGUUAACGCGUGGUUUGGGCCCGGAGGUACGGUGUCUCCUCUGCACCAAGACCCUCAGCAGAACUUCCUGGCUCAGGUGGUGGGAAGCAAAUACAUUCGCCUUUAUUCCCCGGAGGACACCGACAAGCUGUACCCUCAUCAAUCAAAGCUCCUUCACAAUACCAGUCAGGUGGAGGUGGAGAAUCCGGACGCGGAGCGCUUCCCGGAGUUCGCCCGCGCUCCGUAUCUGGAAUGUGUGUUGCAGCCCGGAGACGUGCUGUUCAUCCCCGUCCGACACUGGCACUACGUCCGCUCCUUAGAGCUCAGCUUCUCCGUCAGCUUCUGGUGGUCGUGACUGCAGAUCCGUGAUCCCAAAAGAAAACCAAAAGAAGUUGUGUUUUCAAGUUGUUUUCGAGUUUGAGCUUGUUUUUCUGUGGAGGGAAAUCAAUUUGGAGUUUUUUAACUAAUGCGAGGCUAAUUCUCAUAAAUCUAAGGACAACCGCUGAUCACACAAACCUUUGAUCCGUGAGCAAUGAACACUCACUGCUGAGCGAUUAGUUUAAUUGUGCUGAUGAUGAUGAUUGCAACGACAUCCAUUGUGUGGAAAGCUAGCAGCGCGGGGGUGGGGGGGAACAAAACAAAUGAGCAGUUAAAACUGUUUGUGCUCCUCUCAUCCUGCAUAUAAUUACGGAGAGGUUGUUAGUCAUCUCACUUGAUGGGAUAUGUUUCUCUUUUCAAAUUGGUAUAUUUAAUUGUGUUGUGAACCUUAGUCGUACAACUAUCCUCAGAUGUGUGAUUUCCAUAAUUCAUGGAAAUGAGGCAUGUCUUCAGAAUUGAAUAACCCAGCGAAGCUACAGGUGUAAAAGAUGUGGUCGUAAACACGGCGCUCUGGUUGAACCCGACAGUCGCAGACAAUCAAGCGGGUCGCAAGACGAAAAUGAAUAAAUGAAAUGAAUUAAUCCCCCGGGCCCAGACCGACUUUGAAAUGAAACGAGUCUCGCCGGUUAAGUACCUCGACAGCACAACUCGUGUCGAGCUUCAAAAACACAAAACCCAGACUAUAAAGACGGCGGCGCUUUCACAUCUUUCGGAUAUUUCUAACGAGCCCCGGUCCGUUCCAAUCGAAGGAUGUGACCGAAAUGAAGGCGUGUGCUGGGAAAUGGAGACGAGUUGUGUAGGAUUUUGGAAGGGGGGGUUGUAAACAAUAGCUCAAGAAAAUGCAAUGAAUUAUAUGUUUCUCUAAUUUAGAAAUUGUGAGGAAAAAAGAAACAAGUCUAAAAUAUAAAAAAGUGGCGAUAAUUAGCUGUGAAUGGGCGUAAAUAGCCAAAAGUGCAUUUUAAGAAUACAUAGCUAAUAACGUACUAAUCUUAACAUCUUGCAUGAUAGUGCUGCAGAUCAAAAGUGUCAGAUUGUAUGCAUUACCCAGUGCCCAGGUAAUAGACUUAUCCAAACCUUUCCCGACGAGGUUAUCUAAACUAAUAACAUGAACCCUGCCAGAGUUUAAUUCUGUGAGUAAACACUGUUUUCUUCACUUAGCCCAUCAGCUCUUUGCCGUUGUCAAGUAGACUUAAGAUCACACAAAACUGCUUACUCUCAUUAUAAUGUAAUCAAUACUCAAUUACCAGUAAAGUAAUGUGGGCCUAUAACCCCUUUUCUCUUCCAGCCGGACGCUCAGCUGCUCCUCUUUUUGAUUAAUGGCCUCGUGGAUUUUCAAAUAAAUCUGGCAAAUCAGCAUUAAAGCCGGUAGAUUUAUCUUGUUUUGUGUUCCAAUAAACUGGACAUACGUUGGUUGUGGUGAGUAAAAAUAAACAACCAAAUCCACUUAGACUGGUGUAAAAAGACAAACUGUUUCCCUUCUGGGGGGAACAUUUAAUCUGUUCUCCAACUCAGUUCACUCCGGCAGCGUAACAUCCAAGCGUGGGCCCUCAAUUUGUUCAAUUUUCAGGUCAAAUGCAACUUAAUAAGCGUGACCUCGGUAAUAUUCCUCCACAGUCAUAUUUAUUUAUAGACCGCAUCUUUUAUUUCAGAGGCGGUGUGUUGGAGCCGCACCAUCUUAACUUGUUUAUUACAAAAAUGCUACAAAACACAGGAACUAGAUUUGUUCGGCACUAGAAAAGCGUACAACUAUUCAAAGAUUCACAACAUUGGGAGGAAAACAUGUAGAAUCUACACACACAAAAAGGUUAAGAACAAUGAUUGUCAGGCAUUAAUCACGUAAUAUUUCUCUCAUCUAUUUUUGUCAAACUGUCAAUCAUUCUGGAAAACUAUGAACAGCUUAAAAAAAAAUAUUGGUUUUCGACAUACAAUAUUUUCCCAUGACACUGCCUUUUAAUAACAAACCUGAGCUGGAAGCAAUGCAAUUAAUUACGAUAUAAGGCAAGUGGUUAUUUAAAAAAUCCUACAGUAAGAUGUAAAAAUCAAGAUUAAUGAUGUAGUGUCGGGUUAUUAGUACAGACCGUGCAAGGUGCAAUCAAAACGUUUCAGUUGUUACAAUAAUCUAUUUUUACUAUUUUGAAUGCCUACGACCCUUACAAAGUGUUUUAAUAUAGAAGCUCCUCCCACAAAGCAAUCAUCUUCCUUCUAAUAGUCCUGCAAAUCUACAGAGAAGCUCUGCAUCCGCUCCACCACGAAGAAGCACAGCGUCCCGGCGAAGCCCAGGAGGACCAUCACGAGGAGCUGCCACUUCAGCAGCAGGGCGCCGCUGUAGAAGAACGCCGCCGCUGCGAAGACAGACUGACAGAGAGGAGGACACUUUGAGAUGGUUAGGUCCCGCCCACAUGGUGAAGGACACUUUGAGAUGGUUAGGUCCCGCCCACAUGGUGAAGGACACUUUGAGAUGGUUAGGUCCCGCCCACAGGGUCAUUAUGCACUUUUCAUGAGGGCACUUUCUUCUUUUUUGCAAUUAAUUUUUGAUUUGUGCACGAGAGGAAAAGACCUCUCAAAAGGCAUCCUUUGUGUAUUAGACCCCAUUAUUUGUAUUAAAAAUAACUAUUUACUGGUUAUGUUCACGUGCAACUGAAAUCACAAUUUAGUCCUCCUU